GGACAAAACCUGAUGAUGGGCGGGGAGCGCUUCCCCCUUAGAGAUGCUCCUGAUAACGAAACCCUCCGUCCCGUUAUUGCCCCCGUGCCACACACGGUGCCGGGCUCACACGCACAGUCAGCUCUACAUCCCUACGCACUCAACAGAGCUGCGGAGCGCGGCGCUUCCUAUUGGCUGCGAUCGCUGCCAGGACCCGCCCCCCCGCCGGGCCCGCUCGCUCCUCAUUGGCCGGCGCGCUCGGCCCAGCGGGCGGCUCCUCCCCACAUCGCUACGGCGGCUGCGGCGGGUCAAACCGCGCCUUCCGCGAAGUCGGCGGCGGCCAGCAUGGAGGGAGGGAAGCGGACGGAGGCCGGGGGCUGCGCGGAGGAGGAGCGGGCCGGGCCCGUGUUCACGUUGGAGGAGGUUGGGAAGCGGAACUCCAACCGCGAGGCCUGGCUGGUCAUCCACGGGCGCGUCUACGAUGUCACCCGCUUCCUGGAGGAGCAUCCAGGCGGAGAAGAGGUUUUGCUUGAACAAGCUGGAAGAGAUGCGACGGAGAGCUUUGAAGAUGUUGGUCAUUCCACAGAUGCCAGGGAGAUGCUCAAGCAGUACUACGUAGGGGAGAUCCAUCCGGAUGACCGUAAAAAGGGAGGUUCCAAGGAUCAAAAUAGGACAUCCCCAGGACAAGCAAGCUUCUGGUCAACAUGGCUAAUCCCCAUCUUUGGAGCACUGGUCAUAGGUUUAAUGUAUCGCUAUUACAUAUUGGAUGGGAGAUCAUCUUGAACUGGCGGCAUUGACAGGACCUCAGAAAGCCUGAAGAAGCAGGAGCAGCACCCCUCAGUGUUCCUCUGAAGGGCACUGGCUCUGUCGACCCCAGAUGCUGGAUGCUGCCUGCUGGGCACAGCCCCCAUCUCCUGUCUCCUCCCGUGAAUCACCAAGUGAUGGGGCCAGCAGCCUGGAAGUGCUUAGCACAUGAAGGAGGCAUUAACAAAGUUGUUUACCCAUUUUAUAUGAGGAUUAAAAAAGGAGGAUCCCAAGUCUUUGUACUGGUGCUUAACUCCUGUGCUGCUGGGACUGGCUUUGGUGCAGCCACAGCAUGCAGGUGCUACCUCAGCUCUUGUCCUGCCAGAAAACUCUCUGAAAUGGGAGGGCACAUGCUGAAGGCUUCCUGCAGGUGAAGAGGCUGUGAGGUGAAGAACUGCAAACAGGUACAGAAGCAGCAUGUGCAGUCAGCAUCACAGUGCUGGAGCUGCCUUGGGAGCACUUCAGAGCUGCAUGCUGGCAGCUGCUGGCUCUGUGAGCCCCAGUUCCCUAAUAGCACAGAACACUGCUAUACACAGGCUUGAGGCAUAUGGAGGAAGGGAGGGUUGGGAACUCCAAACGCGUUUCCAGCUUUGUUGCAAUUACCUGAGAAAUGGAACAGUUUGGAGAGGAGGCGCAGAGCUUCCCAUGGCGUUGCAGGUACCAGUCACUGGGAAGGAUGUAUGGUGCCAGCUCUGCAUGGUGAGCUGGGCUGUGCCUCUUUAAAUGUGUGCAGCGUGGUUUGAGCGGGGAAAAUUUGGCCAUGCCAGUUGUUUUGCUUAAAACUAAUCAUGAAUUAAAGCUGAGAAAAUGUUGAGCUUUCGCAGAUGUAGGAUUUGUCUUCCUGUCAGGAAAGAUCCUUCAGAUGGCAUCGGUUAAAAGUGAGCCUCUGCCAAAGAUCUUGUUCAGAGCACUGUAACCAAGCAGCACCAUUUGCUCUUGCACUGCGCCAGGAAACCAACAAUUUCUGGACAAAUAAAGUGCGAGCAAUGCUGACCAGA